UCAUUAAAGCCGCCAUUUUGUUUUUCUUCUUCAACAAGAAAAGUAGUUUGCAGCUUUACGAUGGCUUCUGGAGUCAAAGAUAUCACUCUAGAUGAUCUUGAAUCAAAGGAGGUUGAACUCACAUCCUCAGUUUUGUUGGGAGCAGCGCAUCAUCUUGGUCAGUACUGCGAUAAGGAGUUCAAGACCUUCAUGGGAUGUCGUUACGAAACCAAGGAUCCUCGAAAGUGCUUACAAGAAGGCAAACAAGUUACUAAAUGUGCCCUUGAUUUCUUCAAGAAGUUAAAAGGAGACUGUAACGAGGCGUUUACCAAGCAUUGGACGUGUCUGGAUAAGAAUAAUCAAGAAUUUGGCUACUGUCGUGAGACACAGAAGAAAUACGAUGCCUGUGUGUUGGACAAGAUAGGAGUACAGGCCAACCAGCCAGUACACAUUGCUCUCAGACAAUGAGAUAAUAACACUCUGAAAUGAUGUAUAAAGAACUUGAAAAGACUUUAUAACUAGAUAUUACUUGUCUGUUUUAAGAUUUGAAUGUGAUUUUGUUGGGUGAAACAAAAUAAAUGUACUUUCUAUUAUGAA